UCGCGCAACGUCGUCCGCUCGCAGGCCCGGAAGCCGGGAGGGGUGUGACGUCGGAGGCUCGGGACGGAGGCGGGCUGUGGUUGGCCGCCGCCGAAGCGGCAGUCGGGGUAAACAAGGCCCGGCGCCCUGACGCGUCCCGAAACCGCUCUUGGCCGAGGUUUUGAUUGGUGGGCCGGAGAGGUUACCUGGGAAUCCACCCCCUCGGGGGACUUUGAUAGGAGACCCCGUAUUUCUAGAGCAGGCUUUGCUUUCACCAAGCCCAAGGAGGUGACAGGAAAAGCCCUUGCGCAGGACUUAAGCAUGCUGUGACCAGAAGAUGGGAUCCCGUAACAGCAGCAGCGCAGGAUCCGGGUCCGGAGACCCCUCCGAGGGCUUGUCCCGCAGAGGGGCUGGCCUGCGUCGGAGUGAGGAAGAGGAGGAGGAGGAUGAAGAUGUGGAUCUGGCCCAGGUACUGGCCUAUCUCCUCCGCAGAGGACAAGUGAGAUUGGUGCAGGGAGGAGGUGCAGCAAACUUACAACUCAUUCAGGCCCUCUCGGACUCGGAGGAAGAGCACGACAGUGCCUGGGAUGGCCGUCUCGGGGAUCGGUACAACCCACCGGUGGAUGCAGCCCCUGACACCCGGGAGCUGGAAUGCAAUGAGAUCAAGACACAGGUGGAGUUGGCCACAGGGCGGCUGGGACUUAGGCAGGCAGCCCAGGAGCGCAGCUUUCCUCGCAUGUUAUACCAGAGAGAACGGGGCCUCUGCCAUCAGGGAAGCUUCUCCCUGGGAGAACAGUCUCAGAUGAUGUCUCACUUCUUGCCCAAUGAGCUGGGCUUCAUCGAUACCUACUCUCAGAAGGCUUUCUGUGGCAUCUACAGCAAAGACGGUCAGAUCUUCAUGUCUGCUUGCCAAGACCAGACAAUCCGACUGUACGACUGCCAGCGUGGCCGCUUCCAGAAGUUCAAGAGCAUCAAGGCCCGGGAUGUGGGCUGGAGUGUUCUGGAUGUGGCCUUCACCCCUGAUGGGAACCAUUUCCUCUACUCUAGCUGGUCUGACUACAUUCACAUCUGCAGCAUCCACGGGGAGGGAGACACACACACCGCCCUGGACCUAAGGCCGGAUGAGCGUCGCUUUGCUGUCUUCUCCAUUGCUGUCUCCUCGGAUGGACGAGAAGUACUAGGAGGGGCCAAUGACGGCUGCCUCUAUGUCUUUGAUCGUGAACAAAAUCGGCGUACGCUUCAGAUUGAGUCUCACGAGGACGACGUGAACGCGGUGGCCUUUGCGGAUAUCAGCUCCCAGAUCCUGUUCUCCGGAGGGGACGACGCCAUCUGCAAGGUGUGGGACCGGCGCACGCUGCGUGAGGACGACCCCAAGCCGGUGGGCGCGCUGGCGGGACACCAGGACGGCAUCACCUUCAUCGACAGCAAGGGCGAUGCUCGGUAUCUCAUCUCCAACUCCAAAGACCAGACCAUCAAGCUCUGGGACAUCCGGCGCUUCUCCAGCCGCGAGGGCAUGGAGGCCUCACGCCAGGCUGCCACGCAGCAGAACUGGGACUACCGCUGGCAGCAGGUCCCCAAAAAAGCCUGGCGGAAGCUGAAGCUCCCCGGGGACAGCUCCCUGAUGACGUACCGGGGCCACGGGGUGCUGCACACGCUCAUCCGCUGCCGCUUCUCCCCGACGCACAGCACGGGCCAGCAGUUCAUCUACAGCGGCUGCUCCACGGGCAAAGUGGUCGUGUAUGACCUCCUCCGCGGGCACAUCGUGAAGAAGCUGAGCAGCCACAAGGCGUGCGUGCGGGACGUCAGCUGGCACCCCUUCGAGGAGAAGAUCGUCAGCAGUUCGUGGGACGGAAACCUGCGUCUGUGGCAGUACCGCCAGGCUGAGUACUUCCAGGAUGACCUGCCCGAGCCGGAGGAGGGCGCCCGCGGCCCCGCGCCCCCUCCCGCCGCCGCACUGUCCUCCCCCCAGUAGAUCCGACCCGCAGCCCCGCACAGGGCGGGCCUCUCCGCGGGUUCUCUGCCCUCCUCUUCCCUUUUCUCUUCUGGGAAAGACGCGGAGGAAUCAUUGUCAAUAGAUGGCAAGAAACAGAAGCCAGGCCCUGGGCCCAGCCACGCCCUGAAGAGCCUCCCACGGGGCCCGGGGCCUCGGCGUGGGCACCCUGGGGUCUCAGGACCUGGCUGGAGUCCCGACAGUGACUUUUGUCGCCGAGAGGACGGGCCUGCCCGUGCUGAAUCGUGUGUGGAUGUGAGGUGCGCGUGGACUGCCAGCCAGGCCCAUCGCGCCUCUCGGCACAUCAAGGGCCGCGGUGGCCAGUGGCGCUGGGUACCCCGGCCUUUCCUCCCGAGGUGGGGGGAGGGGCACAGAGUGGAUAGAGGGGUUUCCUAAGCACCCUCCCGGGAUGGGGACUUUGUCUCCUCUCACGUUUGGGCCUUUGGGGUUGCGCAGGUUGUGGUAGGAGAGGUAGAAGUCUCCAGAACUUUGUGUGGCCUGCCACGGGGCCAGCCCUCCCUUCCCAGAAGGCCCCGAUCAUUAUGCUGAACGCCAGCAGCUUCCAGGAAGGGUAUUGAGAUGGGACUCUGUCCUCGCACUGGCUUCGGCUCCCUCAAUAAACUGUGGGGCCCCGG